AUGAGAAGGAUGCUUAAUUUUUAAGCUCUGCUUUACAAAGCUGUACUAGUCUUUAGAUUCUAUCUCUUAAACUUGAGUAAACAAAUUUCAAUUAAUUACAUUUAAAUCAGUUUAAAUUUUGGUAAAAAUAAAUAGUAAAAUAAAUAAUUUUUAAAAUAGGUUUUAUAAUUUAAUCAAAUUUUUAGUUUAUUUAUUGUUACAACAAACAAAGCCUAAAUUAAAGAAACAUUUUAUUUUUAACUUUUUCUCUUUUUAUUAAUUUAUUUUUUUAAUCUCGAAUUAUUUUUAAUAAAAAAAAGAUAGAAUACAAUUGGAUAUGCAGGAUUAUCAAGUAUAAUUCAUGCUUUACAAAUUCUCCUUAAUCUUAAAGUUUUGAAACUUAAACUAAACUCUAAUAAGAUUGUGUUGCAAGGAGAUUUAGGUUUAAACUUACCUUUCGAACGCCUUCUUAAUCUUUAAAUUUUAAAGCUCAACCUUAGUGAAAAUAAAAUGGAUAAAAUGGGAUUAUCAGGUUUAGGAAUAGCUUUAUCUAAGUGUAAUAAUCUAUAAUCUUUAACACUCAUACUUGUUUAGAAUGAAAUUGAUUGUGAAGGUGUUUCAGGAAUUACAAAUGAGUUAACCAAUUGCAAAAAUCUCUAAAUGCUAACUCUUAAUCUUUCUUAAAAUUAAAUCGGUAAUUUAGGAGCAUUCCAGUUAGGAGUCAACUUAGCAAAGCUCCAAAAUUUAUUAUCUCUAACACUGAUAAUUUUAUACAAUAAAUAAAUAAAAUUUUGA